CAUGACAAUUACUUGAAAAGUUCUGGGAAUUUUGCCAUCUUACACUGGUGAACCGUGGUUGUAUGACUCGUGCGCGAGUGACCAAAGCGGCAGAGGAACGCCUUUCAGCCGCGCGGACGCUGACGGGUGGACCCGGCUGUGGGAUGGUGAAUGUUGUGGAGCGGAGCACUCGGGACUGUCAUCUGGAUAUACUGGUUCUCCUCGCACACAGACAGACACACACACACGCUUCCUCUCGCGGCAACCAGGUGCGUUAUAGCUGUGUACUGGGAGUACAGCUGCGUUUGCCACGGUAGUGGGACCAGGUGCGUGAGACACAUGUUGCAGGAAGGCAGUCCGAACCGGAAUGAGGAGAAAACAGGCGUUGAAAGUGAAUUCGACGAAACCGCAUGAUGUAAUUGGACAAUAAAUACCGUAGCUGCUGUUUUCAGUUACGUCGGCUUGCAGCUAGAAAAAAAGCCUGCCGUGACACAGAAAACCGCCGGAAAGGAUUAAUCAUGUCCAAAACGCUGAAGAAGAAGAAGCACUGGUCGAGUAAGGUGCAGGAGUGCGCGGUGUCCUGGGGGAACGGCCGUGAAUUGAGCUCCGUGGUGGAGGUGACGGGCGGCGCGGAGCUGGGCGAGUUCCCCUACCUUGGACAGGUGAAGGCGGAAGCGAUCGCGUGUCAGCUCGGGAGAAUUCCUUGUGCGGGGGACGUGCUUUUGGAGGUGAACGGCACCCCGGUCAGUGGACUGACCAACCGCGACACGCUGGCUGUCAUCCGGCACUUCCGAGAACCCAUCCGCCUGAAGACCGUCAAACCAGGGAAGGUGCUGAACUCUGACCUGCGACACUACCUCAGCCUGCAGUUCCAGAAAGGCUCUCUGGACCACAGACUCCAGCAGGUCAUCAGAGACAAUCUUUACCUGCGCACUAUACCCUGUACGACGCGGCUGCCGCGGGAGGGGGAGGAGCCUGGCGUGGACUACAGCUUCAUCAGCCUGGGGGCGUUCCGCGCCCUGGAGGAGAGCGGGGCUCUGCUGGAGAGUGGCACCUACGACGGUAACUUCUAUGGGACGCCCAAACCCCCGGCGGAGCCCGGCCCCCAGCAGCCCGAGCUGGAGCAGCUGGAGCAGCGGCAGCGCACCGCCUCCGUCAGCAAGAUGCAGCGCGCGGACAGCACCGCGCCCGAGGAGGAGGACGAGGAGGAGCCGCCCGCCGUCCUCAACGGCCUCUCAGACGGGCAGGCUGGGGCAGAAUGGAGGAAGGCGGUGCCCAGUUACCCCCAGAGGGGCAGUCUGCGCUCCUGGAGCUCCCUCCCCCACGACAGCAGCCUGGAGCCGCUCCCCCAGAGCUGGGAGAUGGCUUACACCAACACCGGCAUGGUGUACUUCAUUGAUCACAACAGCAAGAGCACCACCUGGCUGGACCCCCGCCUGGCCACGAGAGCCAAGCCCCCUGAGAGGUGUGAGGAUGGAGAGCUUCCAUACGGCUGGGAGCAGAUCGAGGAUCCACAGUACGGAGUGUACUACGUAGAUCACAUCAAUCAGAAGACACAGUUUGAAAACCCUGUCCUGGAAGCAAAGAAGAAGCUGAGCCAACAGGAGGCAUUACCUGCCCCAGUGAGGGGAGUCUCUGGCUUCACGCGGGACCCCUCCCAGCUGAAGGGGGUGCUGGUCCGCCCCACCCUGAGGAAGAGCUCCCACGGUUUUGGGUUCACCAUAAUCGGGGGCGACCGCUCUGACGAGUUCCUGCAGGUGAAGAACGUCCUCCGCGAGGGGCCAGCCUCCCACGACCACAAGAUGGUUGCCGGCGAUGUGAUCGUGGAGGUUAACGGGACAUGUGUUUUGGGGAUGACCCACGCCUCAGUGGUGCAGAUGUUCCAGGCGGUGCCCGUGGGCCAGCGUGUGGAGCUGGCGCUGUGCCGGGGCUACCCCCUGCCCGAGGACGUGGGCGCCGACGACGACGAGGCGGGGGGGCGGGGCCAGGCGGGGAGGUCGGGCGGGACUCUCGUUAACGGACAGCUGGAGAAACGCGAGGCCCUCCCCGGCCCGGGCCAGGAGCUCUCCACGGUGACCAACGUCCCCUCCAUCCCCAGCCCCCCGCCCGGGCCCCCCCCCGGGCCCCCCCCUGGGCCCCCGCCCAGCCUGCUGCAGCCCCAGCUGGUCUCCGUGCCCCUGGUGAAGGGCCCGACCGGGUUUGGCUUCGCCAUCGCGGACUGCCCCCUGGGCCAGAAGGUGAAGAUGAUCCUGGACGCGCAGUGGUGCCGGGGGCUGCUGAAGGGCGACGUCGUCAAGGAGAUCAACCGCCAGAACGUGCAGACGCUCAGCCACGCCCAGGUGGUGGACAUCCUGAAGGACCUGCCAAUCGGCAGCGAGAUCAGCCUGCUGGUGCUCAGAGGAGGUCAGACCUCCCCGGUGAAGAGCCUGAAGCCGCAGAAGCAGGAGAUGAGCGGCAGCGCUGAGGCUCUGGACCGAGCUCCUGACUCCACCGCUCUCCCCUUAGCCUUGCCACCGAGUGCCCUGAGGUCCAGCGCCCCCAAAUCUGAGCACCCCGAUCUGUACCCCACUACCCCACGCUCCAGCGCCCCAAAGGCUGACCGCCCAGAGUUCUACAACAGCACCCCGCGGUCCAGCGCCCCAAAACCUGACCCCGCGGAGCUCUACAACAGCACCCCGCGGUCCAGCGCCCCAAAACCUGACCCCGCGGAGCUCUACAACAGCACCCCGCGGUCCAGCGCCCCAAAACCUGACCCCACGGAGCUCUACAACAGCACCCCGCGGUCCAGCGCCCCAAAACCUGACCCCACGGAGCUCUACAUGAAGUCUAAAGCCCUGCAGGACAGCAAGCCCCCCAACAGCAGGGACCUGGACGUGUUCAUCAAGAGGAGCCAGGAGUCAGGCUUCGGAUUCAGGGUUCUGGGCGGGGAGGGCCCAGAACAACCAGUGUACAUCGGCUCCAUCGUGCCGCUUGGUGCGGCGCAGAAAGACGGGCGUCUGCGGGCUGGCGAUGAGCUCAUCGGCAUCGAUGGCGUGGUGGUGAAAGGCCACGCCCACAAGCAGGUUCUGGACCUGAUGACCAACGCGGCUCGAAACGGACAGGUGCUCCUGACGGUGCGGAGGAAGCUGACCCACAGGGACCUUGGGGAGGAGGAGCUGGGCUCGGGUUUGGUGAAUGGCUCGCCCCGGCUGCCCCGGAUCGAACCCAAGACCUACGACAUCACCCUUCAUCGCCGGGAGAGCGAGGGGUUCGGCUUCGUCAUCCUCACCUCCAAGAGCAGACCCCCGCCUGGAGGUGAGGGGGGGGCAGUGAUCCCGCACAAGAUCGGCCGGAUCAUGGAGGGCAGCCCGGCGGAGCGCUGCGGCAUGCUGCAGGUCGGGGACCGGAUCUGUGCGGUGAACGGGCUGUCCAUCGUGGCGCUGGAGCACAGCGACAUCGUGCAGCUCAUAAAGGAGGCCGGCUACGCCGUCACGCUCUCGGUGGUGCCCGAGGACGAGUAUAACGGACCUCCUUCAGGAACCAGCACAGCUAAGAACAGCCCAGCAGCACAGCAUCGAACCCUGGACCAGCGGGAGGACAGGUACACGCAGGAAAUGGAGGAGAACAGGGACAUUAUCACCUGGGCCGACUACAGGACCCUCCCUCAGCCUGAGCAGGGGACGCUGUGUAUCAUCGGCCCCAAACAGGACUGCUUCGUGGUGGAGCUGUCUCGAGGGCUGCGGGGGUUUGGGUUCAGUCUGAGGGGGGGGCAGGAGUACAACAUGGGCCUGUUCAUCCUGCGGCUGGCUGAGGAUGGCCCCGCCCUGCAGGACGGGAGGAUCAAGGUGGGGGACCAGAUUGUGGAGAUUAAUGGCGAGCCCACGCAGGGUAUCACUCACACCGGGGCGAUCGAGCUCAUCCAGGCCGGCGGGAGCAGAGUGGUGCUGCUGCUACGACCCGGUCCUGCCCACGGUAGUGUCAGCUCCUCUGUGCUGUGUUUCUUCUCCAAACACGAGCAGCAUCACUAAGGGCUCUCUGCUUCGCUGCUCUGUCCCUGGUUACCAUGGUCAGCGGGACCAAAUGACUGCAUCGUCCCCCAAAUUGCAAACUGGAGAGUCUCCCCUCAGUGCGUCUCCCCCCUGCCCCCCCUCCCUGCCCCGCACUGG